CUUUUUUGCCGAGUGUACUUAUCGUCGAUUUUAUCCGAACAACUCCGAAUACGCCUUGUCACACUUCCUUGUUACAUGGAAAGGUGGAAUGUUCCAACUAUAACAACAACACUUUAAAGAUUAUUGCACAAGUACUUUACCAUGGCGACAGCGUUUGCUGACAAGAAAGAGAAGAUUUUAGUGGCAGCCAUUGAUUUCGGCACCACUUACAGUGGCUAUGCUUUUUCAUUUAAGCAUGACUACCAGUCAGAUCCAGCUAAAGUGUCAACCAAUCAAAAUUGGGUAGCCGGCUCAAUGUCUCUAGUUUCACUAAAAGCGCCUACAGUGGUUCUGUUUAAGGCAGACCAAACAUUCCAUAGUUUUGGCUACGAGGCGGAAAAUAAUUACUCUGAGCUGGCAUUAGAUGAUGAACACCAGAAUUAUUUUUUCUUCAAGCGAUUUAAAAUGAGGCUUCAUGGUAAAAAGAUUCAGCGUGACAUCGAAAUCGAUGAUGACUGCGGUCGACCCAUGAAGGCAAUGGUUGUCUUUUCUGAAAUUAUUAAAUAUUUGAAACAGCACUUGUUGAAGCUGCUUGAAACUCGUGGUACUGGAGUGGACAAUAAAGACAUCCACUGGGUCCUCACAGUUCCAGCCAUCUGGUCUGAUUCCGCCAAACAGUUCAUGCGAGAAGCUGCCCAAAAGGCAGGUAUUGAUGGUGGGCAGUUGUCGAUAGCGCUGGAACCAGAGGCAGCCUCUCUGUACUGUCAGCUGAUCCCCACUGACAAGAUACAUGGUUCUGAGGGCGCCAAGUUUCAAGUGGCCACAGCUGGCACCAAAUACAUGGUGAUUGAUCUUGGAGGUGGCACGGCUGACAUAACUGUACAUCAAAGAAUGACGGACGGUGGGCUCAAGGAACUACAUAAAGCUAGCGGUGGUGCAUGGGGUGGUACAAAGGUUGACGAAGAAUUUUACAAUAUGAUUAUCAAGAUUAUAGGUGGACCAGUUUGGUCCAAAUUCAAGGACGAGAACACGGCUGAUUACCAUGACUUGCAGAGGGAACUUGAAACCAAAAAACGCACAAUCACCCCUGAAUCCACUGGGAAAAUAACAAUUAAAGUGCCUGUAAAAAUUGUGCAGACAUAUGAAAAGGAAUCUGGAGAAACUAUUGAUGAAGCUAUAGAUGGAUCAAAUUACAAGGGAAAAAUUAAAUGGCUCAGCGACAAACUCAGGAUCGAUGCAAAUGUGUUUCAGCACCUUUUUAAGCCAUGCACAGAUCAAAUUAUAGCCCAUGUCAAAAGUCUUCUUCAAGACCCACAAGUCAAAGAUACGAAAAUAUUUCUUAUGGUAGGUGGAUUUUCCGAGAGUGCCAUGUUGCAGAAUGCAGUAAUGAAGGCAUUGCCAGAUUGCAAAGUGAUCAUUCCAGAUGAGGCUGGUCUUUGCGUUUUAAGGGGAGCAGUUAUUUUCGGUCAUAAACCAGUGUCGAUUACGUCCCGUGUUUCAAAAUACACCUAUGGUAUUAACAUAUCACCCCCAUUCGAUUCAACUAUCCACAAGGAAGACCACAGGGUAUCUGUAGGUGGAGUUGAUCGUUGCCGUGAUAUCUUCAAACGGUACAUCCAAGAAGGUGAGACCGUCAGAGUAGGCGAAGCUAGAUCGGGAAAGCAUGUCACGCUGAAGUCCAAUCAGAAAGAAAUGCUGUUGAAAAUCUUUGCAUCACCAAAACGUGAACCGAUGUUCGUCGACGAGCAGGAUUGCGAAUACCUCGGCAAAGUUGUUGUCAACCUUCCAGAUAGCGAAGACAAGAUUCGUGUUGAGGUGAAGAUGAUGUUUGGAGAGACGGAGCUGACAGUGGAGGCCCAAGAGUUGUCCACCCACAUGAAGUAUCGAGCAUACUUUGACUUUCUAUAGUGGACUUUACAUUAUUAUUUUACUAAAUAAUUAUAAUAGUGUGCGUGUAUAGUAUUAUGUGUGUGUAGUGAAUAGAAUUACAAAUCAUAUUAGACUAAUUCCUUUAAGCUUGACUAUUUAUGGAUUAUUUUUAGCUGUUACUACCCAAUCAUUUGUUAACAUAAUGCUGUGUAAUAUAAUGUAAAUAUAAUAAAAGUAAUAAUAAUAUGACACAUGACACAAUUAUUCAGAUUUCUUUAAUGCUCACAAGUGGGGUCAUCUGAGUAGCAUCAACAUUACAGUUUUAAAAAUUACCAUCACAUGACUUUUCAUUUACAGUACCCCACCCCAACAUAACAUAAAAAAGGCAGCGGGUGUGUACCUUCAGGUUCAUGUUUUACGUAUUAUAGAAUGAUAUUCCUCAAAUGUGCAUGUGGGGCCAUAAUGUAAGAUAAAGGUCCAAAAAUGUACAUUUUACUAUCAUAUGGAAAGAAAUUUAUUGGCACAUCACAUGUGUGUUAAUGAUAGAAGUAUAAUUUUGUAAGAACCAUAUUUCAUGAUAACAUGUUAAUUAUGUUCUCCAUCACUCCAUCACUCAUGUGACAUCAUCAUUUUCUUUGAGAAAUCUAGAGGCCAUAUUAAUUAUUCAUAAACUGAUAUGAAAAACAGUUCAGAACAUUUGUCCUAAUAAAACCAAAUUCAGAACUGGGUCAUGUGCAGGCAAAAUAUAGGUCUGUGGUUUAAUUUGAACAAAGUUGAAUAUAUUCACAGAACAGUAUUUUGGGAAAAGUUUGGAUAUCCUCCAAAAAGUUCAAUUGUUUAAAUCCGUGGCUAUUCGGGAGUUUUAAAAUUAUUAAACUAUAAUCAUGCAACUAAAUUGCCAAUCGUUGUGUGAUUUUCUAGUUCACAGUGAUGCUUAUUGGCUGAACCUCUAUAUUCCUACAAAUCAUUCUGCUCUGUUAAAAAACAGAAAUGCUAGAGAGCAGACAAUUUUUCUUAUUUAGCUAUUGGUGUUAGUUGUCCUUCGUAAUAAUAUAUCUUUACAGUUAACUUUAAAUAUUUAUGUUGCGACUAUGAACUUUUUUGAACUUUUUGUGCGUCUUAAAUUUAGUUUUGCAACAUUGGGCCAUUAUUGCCCUUUUGUUCAUUAUUUAAAUUUGUAUGAUUUUGAUGAUUACUAUUGUUUGUUUUGUAAUGUUUUUAUGCCCACAGCGGGCGGCAUAUAGUUUUCGCACUGUCUGUCGGUUUGUCUGUCUGUCUGUCUGUCCAUCCGUCACACUUUUCGUGUCCCCUCUCUAAUUCAUGUAGUUCUCAUCCCAUCUUCACCAAACUUGGUCACAAGUUUUAUCUAGAUGAUCUAAAAGUUAAGUUUGAACAUGGGCCAUGCCGGGUCAAAAACUAGGUCAUGGGGUCACUUAGUGCAUUUUAAACAUUCAGCAUGGUGUCCGCUCUCUAAUUCAAGUAGUUUUCAUCCGAUCUUCACCAAACUUGGUCAUAAGUUUUAUCUAGAUAAUGUCUAGGCCAAGUUUGAACAUGGGCCAUGCCGGGCCAAAAACUAGGUCACGGGGUCAAAAACUAGGUCAGGGGGUCACUUAGUGCAUUUUAAACAUUCAGCAUGGUGUUCGCUCUCUAUUUCAAGUAUUUUUCAUCCGAUCUUCACCAAACUUGGUUACAAGUUUUAUCCAGAUGAUCUCUUGGCCAAGUUCGAACAUGGGCCAUUCCGGGCCAAAAACUAGGUCAAGAAGUCGCUUAGUGCGUUUUAAACAUGGUGUCCGCUCUCUAUUUCAAGUAGUUUUUAUUUGAUCUUCACCAAAUUUAGUUACAAGUGUGAACAUGGGCCAUAUCUGGCCCAAAACUGGGUCACGGGGUCACUUAGUGCAUUUUAAACAUUCAGCAUGGUGUCCGCUCUCUAAUGCAAGUACUUUUCAUCCGAUCUUCACCAGACAUGGUCUCAAGUUUUAUCUAGACAAUCUCUAGGCCAAGUUCGAAACAUCUACAAACUGGAGCAGAUGACAUAGAUAACAAACAACAAAAUCUAAAUAUUGAAAACCUGUUAUGCAGCAAACUAAUAGUUUACUAAAAUAAAGGCGAUGUAUAUCUCAAAAAUAUUUACACACUUAUGCUUUUAUGUAGUGACAAAGUUACAGUUGGGGGCAUCCGUGUCGUGUGGACACAUUUCUUGUUUGAUAAUUGUAAAGAAUCUGUGAUGCAAUUAUGUAUGUGCUAUUAGGUAAGUUUUCUUUUAUGUAUACUUUAAUUAUUAUCGUGUUUUGUAGUUAAUUUCUAUAACACUUGCAAGACAAACAAUCACAUUCAUGAACUAUUUGUGUGUGUCUGUUUUUGGAUAUUGUCUGUAAAGUCUUGAGUUUUUAACAUUUAGAGCUCAAUGUUUCUGCAUGUGUUAAAUAAUCAGUGUUUCUGCCAUAUAUCAGGCUAGCACUUUUGUAUGUGUGAAAUAUGAACAAUGUAGGUUAUCCUGUCCUAGCUAUAUAUACAUUGAUAUGAACAUGCACAGGAGAAGUGUUUAUACACUAUAAACCUACACUUAUCAUUUAAGAAUUAAUUCUUAAAUGUUGUGAAAUUUGCAAAUAUUUUUCUCAAACAGAAUAAACAUACGAGUUAUAGAUUGUAUAUAUUGUUCUGUGUAUUAAAAUUGAAUUUUCUUUAAGAAACCUAAGACUUUAGUUUAAAAUUGUUUCUUUGUAUGUCUUUCAAACAGGCUUUUUAACGAUUUUUCUCGUUUUUUACGCUCACUGACAUAAUUCAAGUAGAUAGGUGACUUUUCGGCAGCCCAUCAAAUUAUCUUUUUCAGAUGAUUCUUUAGCAAUGAGUGGGAUGAAAUCAAAUCAAAUUUCAUAACGAAGAGAAUGUGCUAAUACCCUCAGCAGCUGCUGGUUACAAAUAAAAGAUAUUUUGUAUGAAACUUUAUUUUUUUUUAACCCUUUAAAUUCUCAGCACUGCUUUAGUGAUGCACAAUUCAUGUCUUUUGCAAUAUCAUGGCUACUUCUGAGCAAACUACUGAGUUGACGUCAAUAAAAAAAUUAUGAAAUGAGCUUACUUGCAAAGCGGUGUGCAUACUACCAGCACAAUUCUGGGACUUAUAAGUAUACAUUUAUUUGUUUUUGAGAAGUUUUUCUUACUAUUAAACUUCCUGUUUUUGAAUGAGACUUGAAAGGUCACAUGGAUACCAAGAGGAAGAUUGUACAUUACUCGGUUGUAGUUUUUUCAGAGUUAUGGAACAUUUUUAAAAUAUCACGUAGUGUGUCAUUUUUUACCACCUUCAGUCAUAAAUUGUUUUUGCAACUCCAUGCUGAGAUUAAAGAAACCUUUUAUAUGAUUUGUAAGUCAUAUUACAAGAACACUAUAAAUCAUUGAGUGUUCACAUUGUUAUGAAAUUUAAAGAUUUAUGAAAUUGUUUUAUUUAUUAUGCUCCCCUUCGAAGAAGAGGGGGUAUAUUGUUUUGAACAUGUUUUGAACAUGUCGGUUGGUCCGUCCGUCGGUCGGUCCGUCCACCAGAUGGUUUCCGGAUGAAAACUCAAGAACGCUUAGGCCUAGGAUCAUGAAACUUUAUAGGUACAUUGAUCAUGACCGGCAGAUGACCCCUAUUGAUUUUCAGGUCACUAGGUCAAAGGUCAAGGUCACGGUGACUUGAAAUAGUAAAAUGGUUUCCGGAUGAUAACUCAAGAAUGCUUACGCCUUAGGAUCAUGAGACUUCAUAGAUACAUUGAUCAUGACCGGCAGAAGACUUCUAUUGAUUUUCAGGUCACUAGGUCAAAAGUCAAGGUCACAGUGACUCGAAAUAGUAAAAUGGUUUCCGGAUGAUAACUCAAGAAUGCUUACGCCUAGGAUCAUGAAACUUCAUAGGUACAUUGAUCAUGACUGGCAAAUUACCCCUAUUGAUUUUCAGGUCACCAGGUCAAAGGUCAAGGUCACAGUGACUCAAAACAGUAAAAUGGUUUCCGGAUGAUAACUCAAGAAUGCUUACGCCUAAGAUCAUGAAACUUCAUAGGUACAUUGAUCAUGACUGGCAGAUGACCCUUAUUGAUUUUCAGGUCACUAGGUCAAAUGUCAAGGUCACAGUGACUCGAAACAGUAAAAUGGUUUCCAGAUGAUAACUCAAGAAUGCUUACGCCUAGGAUCAUGACCCUUCAUAGUUAUAUUGAUCAUGACUGGCAGAUGACCCCUAUUAAUUUUCAGGUCACUAGGUCAAAGGUCAAGUUCACAGUGACUCGAAACAGUAAAAUGGUUUCCGGAUGAUAACUCAAGAAUAAUUAGGCCUAGGAUAAUGAAACUUUAUAGGUACAUUGAUCAUGACUGGCAGAUGACCCCUGUUGAUUUUUAGGUCACUAGGUCAAAGGUCAAGGUGACAGUGAUACAAAACUUAUUCACACAAUGGCUGCCACUACAACUGACAGCCCAUAUGGGAGGCAUGCAUGUUUUACAAACAGCCCUUGUUUUCUCUGGCUUUUCAUAAAGAGAUACUAAUUAUAUCAUUGGUAAUUUAAUUGAAAGGAAUAACAACACGUCAGUAUGUUUGCAGUAUUUUUAUUUGUUUAAGAUAGGUUGGCUAUCAAUAAGAUCGAUCUAUUCUUAUAUUUUUUUAACCAGGUUUUCCGAAGGAAAAAACUGGUUAUUAGAUUGGCGAAUGCGGGCGGGCUGGCUGGCUGGCGGGCAGGCGGAACAAGCUUGUCCGGGCCAUAACUAUGUCGUUCAUUGUCAGAUUUUAAAAUCAUUUGGCACAUUUGUUCACCAUCAUUGGAGGGUGUGUCGCGCAAAAUAAUUACGUCGAUAUCUCCAAGGUCAAGGUCACACUUUGAGUUCAAAGGUCAAAAAUGGCCAUAAAUGAGCUUGUCCUGGCCAUAACUAUGUCAUUCAUUGUGAGAUUUUAAAAUCAUUUGGCACAUUUGUUCACCAUCAUGGGACGGUGUGUCGCACGAAAGAAUCUCGUCAAUAUCUCCAAUGUCAAGGUCGCCACGACUAAAAAUAGAUUAUUUUUAAAAACAAACUUACAAAGGGGGUUAAUUUUGUUUGUUCAUUUCAAAAGUUCAGUUUGAGUUUUCUCCCUUUAUCAGAUUUUUUUUUCACAAUGAAAACCUGGUUUUGUGACAAUUUUGUCCCUUGUUCAUCGUGUUUUGUUUAAAUUGUUGACAUGGCGAUAUCUCUGUAACUAUUGCUGGUAUACACUGAUGCCCGUAAAGUCAUCAUGUAAGGUAAUUUGGAUAUCAAGGCCCUUAAAUUACCUGCAAUCUAGCAGGAAAUGACCCUCAUAUGACCCUUAUAUUGUACUUAGGAAAUGCAUGUUUAAAUUCACAUUUUCUGAAACGAUGACAUUUAGUCCAUUGAAGUUUUAAAUGUAACGUGUCUUAGCAUCGUUAUUUUAGGUCACUUUAAGAUCAUUUAACACAUACAAAACACAAGGAUAUUCUAUCGUGCUGUCUUGGAACAUCUCUUGUACAGAUUUGUAAGCAUUAGUUGAUUAAAAUUUUGAUACAAUUCCUUAUGAUAUUUAGUCUGCUUGACAAAAUUUAUUAGGGAGCAUCCAUUAUGUUAACUUAUAAGAUUGCUUAUUUGCUUUGUGUUAGCUUGCCAAAACAUCAUUAGGAUACAACCUUUCUUGAUGAUUAAAUAAAA